GGGUGUGAGUGCCAGAGAGAGUAGCGAGGGAGGGGUGUGAGUGAGAGUUUGAGAGAGGCGGCACAACACUGAGAGCGGACUUCCCUAGGAGCUGCUCACUGCUACAACGCCACAACUCACAGCUAGGGGACAAAACACACCCCAACACACACUCACACUGUACACACACCCAGCCGAGAGGAGGCUUUAUCCACUUCUGACCGAGAGGCUUUGUGAAAUUUCCGUGUAUUGAAAUCGAAGUGGACACAAACCCAGUCACAAUGGAAGAGAAUAUGGAAGAAGGACAGAAUUCAAAAGGAUGCUUUGAGUGCUGCGUCAAAUGCCUGGGCGUCCUCCCGUAUGCCUCUCUCUUCGCCACCAUCCUUCUGUACGCUGGGGUGGCGCUGUUCUGCGGCUGUGGGCACGAGGCCCUCUCUGGCACCGUCACCAUCCUGCAGAACUACUUCGAGGUGGUCCGAGCUCCCGUGGAAACCCUGGACGUCUUAACCAUGAUUGACAUCUUGAAGUAUGUCAUCUACGGCAUAGCGGCGGCAUUCUUCGUCUACGGCAUCCUGCUGAUGGUGGAGGGCUUCUUCACCACCGGCGCCAUCAGGGACCUGUACGGAGACUUCAAGAUCACCGCCUGCGGACGGUGCGUCUCCGCCUGGUUCAUUAUGUUGACCUAUAUCUUCUUCCUGGCCUGGUUGGGUGUGACAGCCUUCACCUCGCUGCCCGUCUUCAUGUACUUCAACAUCUGGACCAUCUGUCAGAACACCACUGUGGUGGAGGGGGCCAACCUCUGCCUGGACCUGCGCCAGUUUGGCAUGGUAACUAUCGGGGAGGAGAGGAAGGUGUGCACGGGCUCUGAGAAGUUCUUUAAGAUGUGCGAGUCUAACGAGCUGGACAUGACAUUCCACUUGUUCGUCUGUGCCCUGGCCGGGGCUGGGGCUGCAGUCAUCGCCAUGGUCCACUACCUAAUGGUACUGUCUGCUAACUGGGCCUACGUGAAGGACGCGUGUCGGAUGCAGAAGUACGAGGACAUCAAGUCCAAGGAGGAGCAGGAGCUCCACGACAUCCACUCCACUCGCUCUAAAGAGCGUCUCAAUGCCUACACCUAAAGCACACGACCCCCCACCUCCCCCGUCCCAUCCCGUCCCCCUAUCCUUCCUUCCCUCCCUCCCCAACACACUCACACGUCCAUGACACACACGCAGCAGAACACACACAGAAAUCACACAAGCUAUUCAAUGUCUGGUGUUUAUGUUCGUAGGGGCACAAGUGUAGGGGGGUUUGUGGUGUCGUGUUGUGGGUGGUUUCGACUUCACUAAGCUUACGGGUGAGACAAGUCGUUCCUAUGGUCGUUCCUAUGGUCGUUCCUAUGGUCGUUCCUAUGGUCGUUCCUAUGGUCGUUCCUACGGGAUACCGGGUGUUUCUCUGACCAACCCUUCUUUCCUGUAUUGAGAUUUCCUUUCUAUUUCUCCUCCUCUUUACUCCUCCCUUUCCUGUCCCGUUUCUUCUUCUCACACCCUACCCUUUCUCCCCUUUCUCCUCUUCUACCUCUUCCCCUCUUCUUUUUCCCUUUGCAUUUUGUAUAUUGGUAGUAGCACAUCUUUUUACAAUGUGUCAUUGCUUUUUACCAUGUUGUUCUAUAUCUCGAGGUCGAGUGCUUCCAUUUAUUUAUGUUUGGUUUUAGGAGGGGUCGGGCUGGGGGCUGUUGAGUUUUUAAUCGCUUUUUAAUUCACAUUUCCGCGUAAUUGAUAUUUAUACGUUCCUAAACACUCGUCAUCCAACGGAGCUCCAAUCAUACAUAGGUUUUAACAUCCAUUUUUAUUUCAGCAUAUCCACUUAACAAGACCAAAAUGUGACCGAAACUUGUAUAUCAUUUACAGGUAAAUUACAGCAUAAUAAGCUUCCGAAACAGUAAACAUCGCCGGUAUAAAAACUAUGUACAGAAUCUUUUUUUCAGAAAAUUCUUUAUUGUUUGGGAGUGCAAGGGAUUCUCAAACAGAACAAAGUUCCUUCAAGAGGCUUUUUACAUAUUGCUAUAACUGUAGCUUGGCCUGUCAGAAACGUAUGCUGGCUUUUGUUGAGUAGCCUAGUCAUUGAACGUGAAAAACACUGAUUGUCUGUCAAUAAUAAUAGUGUUCUGAAGCUGUGAAAAGAAAACAGUUGUUUGAGUGGCAAGUCAGUGGAGUGAGGAAGACGAUGAUGAUGAUAUGUCGUAUAAGGAGGAAGAAGUAGAGGGAAUGACAUGACGUAGAAAUCCAUCUGAUAGAAUGGCCUUUCAGGAUGUCGCCGUGGGGGAAACUCUGUAGAAAACCACUCUUUUCAUUCAUCACAAGGCCAUAACUCACAUGCAAAAUAACAUUUUACAGGUUUCAUUUUUAUAUGUUUUAAUCUUCAACUUUUUAAAUGCAAGUUAACAGAAGAAGAAAUACAAGAUGUUUUUUUUGUCAGUAUUCUGCUCUGUAUAUAUAUAUCUACGGUAUAUAAAUAUAUACAUAAAUGUGAGACACUUCAAUUUCAGGUCAUUCAUGUCAUUGGUCAAAGUUUGGUGAUAUUCUUGUGAACGUCCAUUUCAGAGAUUCCAGUGAAAUAAAUAUGGUAACAGAAUCUAGACGGCAAGUGGAUGAACAAGCUUUAGGCCUGAAACGGCCGUAUUGCUACACGUGGAAACAGUUGAAUAUCACAUUGAGAGAUAACUUAACCGUCUGCAGGGUUGGGUUCAAUUCCAUUUAGGUCCAGUCAAUUCUGGAAAUAAACUGAAAUUCUUGCAGUAUUUACCGAAUUGAAAGAAAACUGACCCAAACCCUGACUGUCUGUGAAGCUAUACUAAAAAAACAUGAAAUGUCAAUAAAACAAUUAAAACCAUAUUACUCUUGAGUAUGGACCAAACUCUGUCUUAACUCUUUCUACUACUCUAGUUUUGCAGUACAGCGUUUCAUCAUUCCGUUCCUAACUUAAAAGAACAAAAAUGUCUUGGUGCACUUAUUCAACCAUCGUGAGCUCUUUCUUGGUGUUACGUGCGUUUGGAUUUGAAGCCUAAUCUCUGUACUGUAGUCAUGCAACGUUUGGUUAUUAACCAAUAAAAAAAAUUACUUGUAUUAUCUAGGUAAAAAGAACCGUGAAUCUAGCUGUUAUUUGUGGCAUGGUUAUGCAUUCAGUGGUAAUAGUUUUUAACUGAUCCAAAAAGUAAAAAUAUCCUCUCUCUUUAUCAUUUUCAUUUCUCAUUUUUACGCUUGGACUGUCUGAGUCAACUGAUUUCUUAUAUGUGCAGUAUUGCAAUUCCUGCGCUAACAGUAUUAUGCUAAGUAAACAAAUAGCCUAUUAGGUUGUCGUGAAUGAUUUUGUUCCCCUUCCUCCUUUGGUUGGUAACAUUCAUUUUUGAAAGCCCUGUCUUAAAAAACAGAUACUACUUGUAAUGAUGUUGCGUAUUCACUUCUUCAGCAUAAACCUGACAAUGCUUUCCGCUUUCUCCUCCCAUAUUAGUCUUUUGUACUUUCACUAAGAAUGCUUUGUAGCAGGCUGUACGAUUCUUCAUAAGCUGUUCUGUACAUACAUGUGCCAAUGGCUUAAACAGUGGCUUUUUUUUUUUAACUGUAGGAACAAACUUGCUUGCGUUAAAUAAAAUACACUUGUGUACUUGUUAAUAAUUAAA